CUUAAGGGGUAUCUCUCAAUCUUGGCUGCGGUCCAUUUGCGCUCCGCUUUCCCCUCUUUGUCCCUGUCACCGUCAAGCUCGCGCGUCCGGAGCUCAGAGACGUGGAAGCGGGAAGAGAGCGAGGGAGAAAUCAAGGUAGAGCUCGGAUACGAUCGGUAAUGGCGUCUCAGAGAGAACGCGAGAACUUCGUUUACAUCGCCAAGCUUGCCGAGCAAGCCGAGCGCUACGAUGAGAUGGUGGAAACGAUGAAUAAGGUCGCGAAGCUCGACGUGGAACUGACGGUGGAGGAGCGGAACCUGCUCUCCGUGGGCUACAAGAACGUGAUCGGGGCACGGAGGGCCUCGUGGAGGAUCCUCUCCUCGAUCGAGCAGAAGGAGGAGGCGAAGGGGAACGAGAACCAUGUGAAGGGGAUCAAGGAGUACCGGCAGAAGGUGGAGUCAGAACUCUCAAAAAUUUGCAAUGAUGUCAUGGCCUUGAUCGAUGAGCAUCUCAUCCCUUCGUCCUCCGCCGGGGAAUCAUCAGUUUUCUACUACAAGAUGAAGGGUGACUACUAUCGCUACCUGGCGGAGUUCAAGACCGGCAAUGACAGGAAAGAGGCGGCUGAGGAGUCCCUUAAGGCAUAUCAGAUGGCUUCAAGUACUGCUGAGGCAGACCUGUCUCCUACUCACCCUAUUCGAUUGGGUUUGGCAUUGAACUUCUCAGUUUUCUAUUAUGAGAUCAUGAACUCACCUGAGAGGGCUUGCCACCUGGCUAAACAAGCUUUUGAUGAAGCUAUAUCUGAGCUUGAUACACUGAGUGAAGAAUCUUACAAGGAUAGCACUCUGAUCAUGCAACUUUUGAGGGAUAAUCUCACCUUAUGGACCUCUGACAUCCCUGAGGAUGGAGAAGAUGCUACAAAGGAAGGUGCUGGAAAGGCUAAUGCAGUUGAAGAUGCUGAGUGAAGCAGACCGAUUGUGAGUUCUGGCCUGGAAGGAUGAGGAUACUGAGGACAUCCACGGUGGUUUUGGUCUUUUAGUUUAAUUUUCAAGUAUCUCCCAAUAUUUUGUGCUUGUUUUAAGGGAUUUUAGUUGAUAGUGGGACGUGUACACAACUUAGGGUCGGAAGAUCAUGUUGUUCUACGUGUCAUCACAUCCUUCUCAUGCUUCGUAAUUUAAAAUAUUGCUGACAUGGUGCUUGUGCUUUCAAGAGUCAUUACAUCAACGUUAUACAGCAAUGGACCACUCUCUUUAGCCAAGUUUUUUUU